AUGAGUAGAGACAAAGAAACUACGAUGUCCGAAAAAGAGGAAAGCGAUAGUUAUGCUGGGAGCCAGACCUCGAAAGUAGAAGCCGUUCCAGUAGAUGAGCAGUUCGAACAACUUAAGGAAAGCUAUGGAAUAAACCAUAAGAAAUUGAUGCUUAAAAUAGACUUAUGCGUCGUUCCUCCAUUUUGUUUCCUUUACUUUUUGUCGUUCUUAGACAGAGUCAAUAUUUCUAACGCAAACCUUUACGGGUUGGCUGAAGAUUUGAACUUGACAGGUACCCAGUACAAUACUGCAUUAACAUUAUUCUUCGUUCCAUAUGUCUUCUUCGAAGUCCUUACUAAUUAUACCAUUAAGUUUGUACGUCCUCACAUAUGGUUGAGUGCGUGUAUCUUUCUUUUUGGUGCCAUUUCUAUAGGUAUGGGAUUUGUUAAGGAUUUUGGUGGGCUUGCUGCAUGCAGAUUUCUCAUCGGUAUGGCAGAGGCAAGUACUUUUCCAAGUUUGUUUUACUUGUUAUCAACGUAUUACACCAAGGCCGAAGCACAAAGAAGAUUUUCAGCUUUUUUCUCUGUCACUUGCUUGGCUGGAGCUGCCUCAGGUGCUAUGGCCUAUAGAAUUAACGAUUUAGAUGGAAAACAUGGUAUCGCAUCUUGGUCUUGGAUUUUCAUUAUCGAAGGUAUCAUCACAUGUGGAGGUGCUAUUAUUUUGUUUUUCACUAUUGCAGACUUUCCUGAAGAAAGUAGGUUCUUAAAAAGUAACGAGAAAGAAUUUAUUAAGAAAAAGUUGGAAAUCCUCUCGGGCGCUACUUCUGGAUACGAAAUUGUUAAUAAAUUUUCCGAUGUUUUAAAAUGCUUCAAAGAUUAUAUGAUUUGGUUGCCUGCUUUAGGUUACUUUGGCUUGAUCAUUCCGUCUUAUGGUUAUGCGUACUUUUCUGCCACCAUUAUAAACCAAAUGGGUUACACUGCCGUUCAGGCGCAGCAGCAUUCGAUCUACCCAUGGUUAGCAGCAUUCGGCUUGAAUAAUAUUGUAUCAUUCAUUUCCGAUAAGACUAGAAGGAGGUUCCCCUUCUUCAUUUUUUGUUGUUUGAUAGCCAUCGUAGGUUUAGCAUUAAUAUUGGGCGAGACUCAUAACCCUAACGCGAGGUAUGGCGGAUGUUUCUUGGCUGCUUCUGGCUUAUAUACUGCGAUGCCCUUGUUGGUAUGCUGGACCUCAUUAAAUUUCCAUGGACACCUUAGAAAAUCCGUGGGGACUGCUUUCCAAAUCGGUUUUGGUAACAUAGGAGGUAUCAUUGCAACCUAUAUCUUCUUGUCAAAAGAUGCACCUGUCUAUAGACCCGGAUUAAUUGUAUCAUUGGCAGCAGUCGCUUUUGCCAUAUUGAUCCUGUUAAUUUACCUUUUCACAGUUGUGAGAGGCAACAGGUUGAGAAAGACAACUUCGUAUAUAGAGAAAUUUGAAGCCAAAACAGAAAGGGAACAGACUCUUGCAGGUGAUAAAAACCCGAACUUUACAUACUUAUACUGA